AUGGAAUCUAUAGAUAUUUCGCGCUUGGAGGAGGCGGUUGUCCUGUUUUAUCGUUCAACUUCUCAGGAGCAGGCCAUAACACAUGAAUGGCUUACGAAUGCUCAAACAAGUACACAAGCAUGGCAAUUUUCAUGGCAGCUGAUGGAACUUGGAAAGAGCCAAGAAGUCCAGUUCUUUGGUGCCGUUACUUUGCACUCUAAACUUAUGAAGUAUUGGCAUGAAGUACCUCGAGAAAAUCACGAGGAAUUGAAGCAAAAAAUUUUUGAAAAAAUUAUACAAUUCGCAAAUGGCCCUAAAUUAGUGCUCAAUCGUCUGUGCAUUGCUCUUAGUGCUUAUAUCCUGCAUAUGCUCGAAGAAUGGCCAACCGCCAUAGAGGAUGUCAUAAGUACCUUUCAAAAUCAACAAAUACCAAAUGUCAAUAAAGAAAUGCAACUAUGGAUAAUGCUGGAGGUUCUUUUGGCUAUACCAGAAGAGUUGCAGGCUAUUUUUACUUCAGUUAGAAGAGCAACAAUGCGAGCAGAGGUGGGCAAACGAUUUCCUUUAGUAAUGGAUACGAGUGUAGCUUAUUUAAAUACGCAAAUAGAUCGAGAAUGGGAUAGUGAAUGUUUUAGUAAUAUGACAAAAGCAGUAAAAUGUGUAGGAGGUUGGGUAAGAAAUAUUGGAUAUUCUAUUGAAAAUUGUCAAAAUAUCACCACUAUCUUGCUUAAAAUAAUUAACAAAUGCUACUGGCCCUGCGUGCAAGAUACGGAAGGAGAUGGAUGUAUGUCAGCAGAUGAAAAUGAGUUAGCCGAGACGUGCCUAAAAACGUUAAUUAGUCUAAUUGUACAACCAGAUUGUCACGCUUUUCCCAAAACAGCGUUUGUACUUAUAAAAAUGUGUCUCGAUUCUUUGUCAAAUAUCACAAAAAUGGAAUGGAAACGUGAUAAUAACAAUGAAGACAUUGUGCUCAAUAUUUACUUACUUUUCGUGUCGUUUAUGGAGAGACACUCGCAAUUGUUAUUAAGUGGAAUUACAAGUUUGGAUCCAGAGCUCUCGACUCUCUACUCUCGCCUUGUCCACGAGCUUCUGCAAUGCACAGAUAAACCAGGAAUAUAUCCUGUAGAGGAAUCAUGUAGUAGCAUGGGUUUGGGAUUUUGGUAUCUUUUACAGGAUGAAGUUUUCGCAAUGCACAACUAUGAUGAACGCAUGAAAUGUUGGGAAUAUAUAAAGCCAUUAUAUGCACAUGUAACCAAUAUAUUGGUGAGAAAAUCUGAGCAACCAGAUGAUAAUUCCAUAGACAAGUGGUCAUCGGAUGAUUUAGAAAGUUUUCGUUGUUAUCGGCAAGAUAUAUCAGACACAUUCAUGUACUGCUAUGACGUUUUGCAUGAAGAUAUACUCGAUAUAUUGGCUUCUAUUUUGAAUGAAACUAUUGCAGAAGUACAAGCAAAUCCAACACACUGGACUAAACUGGAGGCUUGUAUUUUUUCAUUUCAAUCUGUUGCCGAGCAUUUUGCCGGUGAUGAAUCUAAACAAUUACCAAAAUUGAUGCGUGUUCUUUCUGAAAUUCCAUAUGAUAAAAUGAAUGAAAAGCUGCUGGGCACUGCACUUGAGACCGUUGGCUCUUACUGUCAGUGGUUAAAAGACAAUCCCGCUUAUAUACCGCCAGCCAUUCAGCUGUUAGUACGGGGCUUAAAUUCGAAUAUGUCCGCUCAGGCUACCUUGGGUCUAAAGGAGCUUUGCUGUGACUGUCAACUGCAAAUGAAACCAUUUGCAGAACCUCUUUUGAAAGCUUGUCAUGAUACCCUAACGUCAGGACAAAUGAAAAAUUCAGAUUGCGUGCGAUUAAUGUACAGUGUCGGUAAACUUAUGAGCUUGCUUCCGGCUGCGAAAAUACCAAGCUACUUGGAUAUAAUUGUUGGACCAUGCUUCGAGGAAUUACAAACUAUUUGCCAGCAGGAGAAUAAAACACCUGCAACACGUAUACGCACGAUUUUUCGGUUAAAUAUGAUAUCAACGUUAUUUGCUUCACUGAACACUGAUUUAGAUGAUGAUGAUCAGAUUGAAGAUUUGGAAAAUGUGCAACCUGUACUUAUGGUGAUGCAGAAAACAAUGCCGAUAUUCCAAAAAAUCGCUGAACUUUGGGUAGAAGAACUAGAUGUGCUCGAGACUGCUUGCUCCGCUUUGCAACAUGCAAUUGUAAAUUUGAAACAUGGCUUUCGACCUAUGCUACAGGACCUUUGUUGUUUUAUUGUGGCUAUUUUUCAAACACGUUGCUGUGCACCAACAUUGGAAAUUUCAAAAACGGCAAUCAUAAUAUUUUAUAAGGAUGAAGGAUGCAAGGCGUUAAUGCAACAACUUUUAGUAGAACUAGUAGUUCACAGUUUUAAGUUGUUCGAUUCCACACCAGAUGAUGGUUUCUCAAACAUUGCCGACACAAUAGAAAUGUUUUACGCUUGUCUCAUGCAAAUUAUUAAAAAAAUACCACUAGCUUUGGAUAAUGAAGCGAUUGCUUUCGACAGACUCAUAUACUAUGCGUUAAAAGCAAUGACACUGCCAGAAAAUGGUCCCAUACGUACCAGUGUGCAGUUCCUUUCCCACUUCGUUCAGCAAUCGCGUAAUUUUCCGGCUAUGACACAAGCAGUAUUAAAUGCCGGCGAAGAGAUAAUUCGCACUGCAGUGUUGUGUGUAGCUUGUGUCACUCCGCGUCAACAAGUGGAAAAAUUUGCUGAUAUUUUCCUGUCUAUUAAUAAGAAAUAUCCAGCUGAAUUGGUUUCCUGGCUUAGAUCAGUAAUGCAGUUGCCAAACUUUCCCUCUCUGCUCGUUGAUGAAACUGAGAAAUCAAAAUUUGUUACGUUGAUUUUAAGGGAAAAGGUCAACAAGCGUUUGGUGCAGAAACAUCUAUGUGACUUUGCGAUAAAAGCGCGAGGUCUGGCAGAUAGAUUGCAAUAGAGACCAAUUAAUUAGGGGCAAAAAAUGAAUAAAUGAACGAAAGGACAUCCUAAUUGCCAAAUUAUAAAAAUAUUAAAAAUAAUUGUAGAAUCGCAGUAUUUGUUUUGCUGUCCCGUUAUACAAUUAUAGAAAUAAUUUAAGGUUUUUUUUUUUUAAUUUUAGGUAAUAGUGCAACGACACUAAUUUCAUUAUUUAAUUUUAAAUUCAUUCAAUUACUUAUAAAAAGAUUUGCCGUGAAUUUAUGUUCAACAUUUUAUUUAUGAAUGUCAUAUAAGUACCUUAAAUUAUUGUUGUAAAAAAAAAGAUGAGUCCAAUCAAUAAAAUCGGUAAAAUUCUACAUGUUUUUUUGUCAUUAAGUUAUGAUUCGAUAUCAGUUAUUGUCACGGCUUAAUGGUUAGGCAAUGAUUUAGAAUUACCUAGCAAUAACCAAUUUCCAAUAACUGUAUUUUAAUAAAAAUUGUUUAAAAACGUAUUGUUUAAUUAAAUUAUGAUAUUUACUUACAUAUGUAUGUAAACUAGUUUAAAACUUAAUUUCGCGUACGUAAAUACCGAUUUUUAAUUAUAUUAUGUAAUAUCAAGGUAGUUUAUGUAGUUUUGAAUGACGGUAUGUGUGUAUCUGUUUGAAUAUUUGCUCCAUAAUACACAUUUUUGACACGUAAAAGCCU